AUGGCAACACGCGCGUCGCCCGGGCCUUUUCUGCGGGUUGGAAGCGCUGAAGCUGCUACGCUGGCUGCCGGCGGGGCUGGCGGCGCGGAGCGGCCCGGGAGGCCCGCUCCCCUGCAGGACGAGACCCUGGGCGUGGCGUCCGUGCUCUCGCAGUGGAGGGGCGUCCAGGGCAUCCACGGGGAGACGAAAAGUUGCCAGACAGCCAGUAUUGCCACAGCAGAGGCGUCUGCCCAGGCCCAGACACAUGCGGAUGCCCAGGUGCAGACAGAGGCCCCUGAGCCUGUGGCCAUGGUGCCUGUUUCCCAGCACGACACUCUCAAGCUUGCAGCCUUUCUCCGGAGGGUGGAGGUCAUGGUCAUCCGGGAGCUGAACAGCAACUGGCAGAGCCACGCCUUCGAUGGCUACGAGGUGAACUGGACAGAGCCGCAGCAGACGGUGUCCUGUCUGCACACCCUGGUCUACCCCCCAGCCCAAGGGCAGGGUCUGCAUGUGACCGGCAUUUCCUGGAACUCCACAGGCUCUGUGCUGGCCUGUGCUUAUGGUCGGCUAGACGAUGGGGACUGGAGCACGCUCAAGUCUUAUGUGUGUACCUGGAACCUGGACCGCCAAGGCCUGAACCCCCAGCAGCCAUCAGUAGUGGUGGAGGUGUCUAGUGCCGUCAUGUGCCUGGCCUUCCAUCCCACGCAGCCCUCACACAUUGCAGGGGGGCUGUAUAGCGGUGAAGUGCUGGUGUGGGACAUGGGCCGACCCGAAGACCCACUGCUGUGGCGCACAGGGCUGACUGACGACACCCACACAGACCCUGUGUAUCAGGUGCUAUGGCUGCCCGAACCCCGGCACAGCCCCCGCUUCCAGGUGCUGAGUGCGGCCACUGACGGGAGGGUGCUGCUCUGGAGGGGCAGCGGGGCGGGCCAGCUGCGGCUCUGCAAGGGCUUUGCUCUGGCCGUGCAGCAGCUGCCGAGGAGCACCAAACUGAAGAAGCCACCCCGUGGAGAGACUGAGGUGGGGGUGACAUCAGUGGCCUUCUCCAGCUUCGACUCCAGCCUUUUCGUUCUGGGCACAGAAGGUGGCUUCCCCCUCAAGUGUUCCCUGGCGGCAGAGGCAGCUGCGCUCACUCGGAUGGCUAGCUCUGUGCCCCUCAGGGCCCCCGUGCAGUUCACGUUCUUUCCUCAUGGUGGCCCCGUGUACUCUGUGAGCUGUUCCCCCUUCCACAGGAAUCUCUUCCUGAGUGCUGGGACCGACGGCCACGUCCACCUGUACUCCAUGCUGCAGGCCCAGCCUCUCACCUCCCUACAGCUCUCUCACAAGUACCUGUUUGCCGUGCGCUGGUCCCCUGUGCGGCCCUUGGUGUUUGCUGCUGCUUCUGGGGAAGGUGAUGUACAACUGUUUGACCUCCAGAAAAGCUCCCAGAAACCCACAGUUUCCAUAACACAAACCCAAGAUGGAAGUCCCGUCUACUGUCUGGAGUUCAACAGCCAGCAGACUCAGCUCCUGGCUGCUGGUGAUGCCAAGGGCAUGGUAAAGGUGUGGCAGCUGAGUACAGCCUUCACAGAACAAGGGCCCAGGGAAAUGGAGGACCUGGACCAACUGGAAGCAGAAGUAGCUACCUGAGGGCCACAAGGAGCAGCAGGGGUGGGCUGUCCCUCCAGGAAGGGACUUGGCUGUGUGCUAACUAAGCUGGAUAAAGAGGAACAAAGGCUUUUCCGGGAGAA